AUGGACUCAGACGAGACCAGGUUGGAGCACUCAGGACUGUGGGUUCCUGUGCUGGCUGGUCUUCUGCUGGGAGCCUGCCAGGCACACCCCAUCCCUGACUCCAGUCCUCUCCUACAAUUCGGGGGCCAAGUCCGGCAACGGUACCUCUACACAGAUGAUGCCCAGCAGACAGAAGCCCACCUGGAGAUCAGGGAGGAUGGGACGGUGGGGGGCGCUGCUCACCAGAGCCCCGAAAGUCUCCUGCAGCUGAAAGCCUUGAAGCCAGGAGUUAUUCAAAUCUUGGGAGUCAAGACCUCCAGGUUCCUGUGCCAGAAGCCAGAUGGGGCCCUGUAUGGAUCGCUCCACUUUGACCCUGAGGCCUGCAGCUUCCGGGAGCUGCUUCUUGAGAACGGAUACAAUGUUUACCAGUCCGAGGCCCACGGCCUCCCACUGCACCUGCGGGGAAACAAGUCCCCACACCGGGACCCUGCGUCCGGAGGACCAGCUCGCUUCCUGCCACUACCAGGCCUGCCCCCCGCACCCCCAGAGCCGCCAGGAAUCCUUGCCCCCCAGCCCCCCGAUGUGGGCUCCUCGGACCCUCUGAGCAUGGUGGGACCGUCCCAGGGCAGAAGCCCCAGCUACGCUUCCUGA